UUCAAGUUGCCUUCCUCGCUAGAGCUGAGGAUGAAGCUAUAUAACGACCCUCCGCCCACUUGUUUCAAAUAGUUGAGCUUUCGAUUAUCUAACUUUAAUCCCUCUCUUCAUUGUCUGAUCCAUCAUCUAUUUCCAAGUUCAAAUCAUGGGAUCAGUUAAUGAAGAUGUUGUAGUAAUUGAUCAGGACCUUUGGGUUACUCAAAUAAAGGAAUGCCUGCAAAGACAUGGCGAGCAAGAAGAAGAAAAGGAGAUUUCGGUAUCCGUUUUUGGUGUGCCGAAGGAGCUGUUGACAUUGAAGCCAGAAGCAUAUAUUCCGCAGUGCGUCUCCAUUGGACCAUAUCACCAUUGGAGAGCGCAUUUAUUAGAAAUUGAGAGAUAUAAAAUAGCUGCUGCGCGAAGAUUCCAGAAAACAUUAACCGGUGACUGCAAAUUCGAAUCUGUAGUGGAAGAAGUGAAGAAGUAUGACUGGCAAAUCAGGAACUGCCACCACAAAUUUCUUGACUACGAGGAGGAAGCCCUUGCAUGGCUCAUGGCUGUGGACGCUUCCUUCGUGCUCGAGUGCUUGCAGUUCUACGUCAAAGAGGCAGAUCAGGCUUCACCCCAGGUGAAGCAACUAGGUCGAAUUUUAGAUCCAUCUCGCAGAAGUGCAACCCAUAAUUCAAUUAUGAGAGAUCUGAUAAUGCUAGAGAAUCAGUUACCUUUGUUCCUCUUGGAGAAGCUGCUGGAAAUAGAGAUGGGUUCGCAAGCUAAGGCGGAAGAAAGGCUCUGCAAUCUGGUGAAUCUCGCCUGUAAAGAAUGGUGCCCAUUUAUAUUGAAGAUGCGGGAUAGUUCAAGGAUGUGCAUAAAAGAAAGGGGUCACAUAUUGGAGGUGCUCUACUACUCUAUUGUCCCUGCAGCAGCCAUGGGCCAUACUAUUUCUAAUAAGGAGGAGGAUGGGAAAGUCCCGUUGCGAGAUUCAAACUACUUAAUGCGUGCUCUGAAAGCUUUAUGGAAGGCUCUCUCCUCGCUAAAAGUCGGGUUUGUUCAACUAGUCUCGGCUCUCCCUGACCGUGUCUUGGAAGGCCGGCCUGCCCAGUUUGUGACACAGUUGUCCACGAAUAUUGUUUCAGCUUUUGAAACUCUUUCAAUUCAGCGCAGAAAUGAAACAGAUGAGGAUAAAGAUGAAGAGAGUGGGUUUUCGUCUGCGGAAACACCUCCUACACGCGAUGAACUAGCUGUUCCUUGCGUCUCCGAUUUAUACUCAGCAGGAGUAAAAUUUCGUCCAACCGAGGGAGACGUCACCACAAUUCGCUUCGACCAGACGACUGCAACUCUUUAUCUUCCCAAAUUGAGGCUGGAUUCCAACACAGAAGUAGUUCUGAGAAAUCUAGUGGCGUUCGAAGCUUCGGGUGCUUCCGGUGCUUUGAUCUUCACUCGCUACACUGAUUUCAUGAAUGGCAUCAUUGACAGUGUUGAAGAUGUUCGGCUGUUGAGAAAGAGUGGGAUUAUCUACAAUCACCUGGCAGACGACGGCAAAGUGGCAAGCCUGUGGAACGGCUUGGGUAAAUGUGUCAAAUUGACGCGAGUUAAAUAUUUGGACCAAGUCAUAUCGGACGUCAACAAGCAUUAUAACAGCCGAUGGAGCGUUGCUGCGAAGCGGCAUGUAAACAAGUACAUAUUUGGUUCGUGGCAGCUCCUCACUGUUGUGGCCACAGUGAUACUUCUUCUUCUAACUUGUUUCCACGCUUUUUGUUCUGUGUAUGACUGUAAGCGUUGGUGGAGCGACAGUACUGUUCUGCAGGACUAAGCCAAUCGGAAGAGUUUUAUCUUCUAAUUACCGAUGCUGACAUCCAUUUCUUUUGUUUGAAAUACUCAUUUACAUUGACGGGGUACAAGAGUUUUGUUUUUUGAGGCGAAUUUAACUCUGCCUUUAGGUAUGCUGCCGUCGUCAAGCAGACUACCCUUACAAAACACAUUUUGAAAUUUUG